AUGAGCAUGGAAAUCAUGGGUGGCGGCGCUGCAACAGAGGAGGACUUUACCAAACUGUCAAUAGAGGAGCGCCUCUCUUCCAAGCUCUGGAAAGCACGCGUCUCCGCUUAUGAAGACCUCUCCAAAGCAUUCCCAAAAACAUCAUCGGAAAGCGACCCCAUCUUCCGCCAAUAUACCCGCAACCCGGACAUCUUGAAAGCCAUCGUCGUCGAUACCAAUGCUGUUGCACAGGAGAAGGGUGUCGACGCCGUCCGCGCCUUUGUCGAGUUUGGUGGUCAACCCGCAGGCAAGACGAGAGAAGUCGUCCUUCCCGCACUCGUCGAAAAGUGUCUCGGUUCCAAUCGUGCAGGCACAAAGAAGAACGCGCUCGGGCUCAUCUCGUUCUAUGCAGAGAUGGAGGAUGUUGUUGGAUGCGAGCCGCUACUCGGCGAUCUGCUCGACGGUCUCAAAGCGAAACAACCGAAAGUGGUCGCUGGUUGCAUCACUGCCAUCAAGGAUCUCGUUCGCGACUUCGGUCACAAGCAGGUUGCGCCCAAGCCCAUCCUCAAGCGUCUCCCAGACAUGUUUGCACACUCGGACAAGAACGUCCGUGCCGAGGCAUCUCUACUUGCACACGAGCUUCACAAGUAUAUUGGCGCAGCACUCCAACCUACCAUCGACUCGCUCAAAGACAUUCAGGCCAAAGAGCUUCGACAACAAUUCGCCGACAUCGAUGCACAGCUUACGUCCAAGCCUACGCCAACACGGUUCCUUCUCAGCCAGCGUGAAAAGAUGCAAGCUGCUGCCGCACCAGCACCAUAUGCAGGCGGCGACGGUGCUGAUGAUGCGCAAGGAGCAGACGCAAAUCCUUACGCUCAGGAGCAAGACGAUGACGUCGACCCAUACGACCUUGCCGAGCCUGUCAAUGUCUUUGGCAGUCGAGAUUUCCCCGCCAACUUCGAGGACAUGAUUGUCUCCAAAAAGUGGCAAGAGCGCAAAGAGACCCUCGAAACCAUCCUCAAGAUCCUCACAUCAUCGCCCAAGAUCCAGCCCGACAAUCGCUUUGAUAACCUUGUCGACCAUCUCGCACUCAAGAUUGCCAAGGAUGCCAACAUCAAUGUCGUCCUCGUCUCGUGUCAAUGCCUCGAAGCAAUGGCAAAGGGUCUUCGUGACAACUUCUCUCGGUACAAAGAUAAGGUCGUCCCGCCCACCAUCGAAAAGCUCAAGGAAAAGAAGCCAACCACUGUCGAGGUGCUCGCCAAAGCGCUUGAUGCCAUCUUCCAGACCGUCUCCUUCUCCGAGGUCCUCGAACACGUCUUCACCGGUAUCAAACACAAGAACCCUGCUGUCAAGACAGAAUCGAUUCGCUUCCUUGUUCGUUGCCUUCGUACCACCAAGGUGGCUCCUGCAAAAGGCGAUAUCAAGCCCAUCGGCGAUGCUCUCGUCACAGCCAUGGCAGAUGGCUCACCAGAUGUACGUGACGCCGGCGCUGCAGGUCUCGGUACCCUCAUGAAGCUCAUUGGUGAGCGACCAAUGAACAUCUUCCUCGAUGGUCUUGACGAUAUCAAGAAGGGCAAGGUCCAGGAAGAGUACAAGAUGGCAGAGGUCAAGAUCAAGAUGGGAGGAGCAGCCGGCGCUGCACGAUCAGCAUCAGCAGCACCAGCGAGACGACCUCCAGGUACAGCUCCUGGGCCUGCGGCAGUCAACCGUGCUGCAGCACCGCCAGCAGCAAUGCGUGCCAAACCACCAGCAGCUGCCUCUUCCGCUGCUGGAAUGGAAAACCAGGCGCCAAGACCCUUAGCUCGACCACCAGCAGGUAUGGCGGCCCGCGCUGCCGUUUCACGCCCAGCUGCUGCUUCAUCAGGUGCACCUGCGAGAAGGCCAGCAGCGGCUUCAGCCGCAUCAUCGAGUGCACGUUCAGCAGCAGGUGGCAGUAAGGCAGCUGCAUCUGCGACAGAGCCAGUCAAGUACCGCUUCCACCCAGACGACGCAGAAGCACGAGCCGCUGAUCUCAUACCUGCCGGCAUCGCAGCUCAGCUUGCCAGUGGUGCAUGGAAGGAGCGUCUGCAAGGCAUGACCGAGUUCAACGACUGGCUCAAGGUCGAAGCCGAGACGGUCGAGUCCGAGAUCAUCGUUCGUGCUCUUGGCAAGAAGCCAGGCUGGAAGGAAAGCAAUUUCCAGGUCAUGGCCGAGGUCUACAAGGCACUUCAGCUACUUGCCAACGACUGUCCCACCUUCGGUCGUCCCUCCGUUGCGCUCUCGGUCCAGCCACUUUGUGACAAGCUCGGCGACAUCAAGCUCAAGACACCUGCUGGUGAGACCCUGGUCACCUUUGCUGAGAAGACGUCGUUCGGCUUCCUUCUCGCUCAGGCCCUCGGUCCACUUGGCGGGCUCAAGGCUCCCAAGGCAAUUGCGGACUCCAUUCUCUGGGUUGACCAAACACUGCUCGAGUUCGGCACUGCCGGUGUUGAUGUGCGAUCCUUGAUCGACUACCUUGUGACCUGUCUCAAGUCGGCGAACGCUGCCGUCCGUACCAAUGCGACAAAGGCUAUUGGCACAUUGGCCCGCUUCCUCGGUACUGCACUCAACGCAUUCGUCGCUGAUCUCAACCCACAGCUCAGGACAACCAUCGAGGCCGAGAUCGAAAAGGCGGCAUCCAACCCACCACCAGCACCCAUCCGCUUCAGCGACGAGACGAAAGCACCAGCGGGCAAGGCAGGGGCUGGUGGCAAUGGUGGCGGUGCAGCAGGCGCCCCAGCUGCACAGGAUAACGGCGUCGAUGAGGACAUGCUCGAUGAGCUCGUGCCUCGUGUCGAUGUCGAUCGUCUCAUUCCUGCCACAGCCAUCGCGCGUAUGGGCGAUGCCAACUGGAAGGAGCGCAAGGAGGGCCUCGAGGAGGUGCUUGCCGCCGUUAACGCCAACAGUCGAUUGAAGGGUAAUAUGGCCGAGCUCGCCAACGCGCUCAAGAUGCGAUGUGCCGACAGCAACAUCAUGUGCAAGAACAUGGCGCUCGAUGCCAUCGCCAAAAUCGCAACUGCCAUGAACAAGCACUUUGAGCCACAGGCGCGCAUUCUUGCCGGUCCCGUCGCACAAGUCCUUGCCGAUGCCAAAGCACCUGUUCGAGCUGCAGCGACAACGGCACUCACUGCAAUUGCUGAGCAAGUUGGCGCCGGUCCCAUGCUGCCAGGUAUUGCAACUAUUGUCGAGAGCAAAGCUGCCAACCCUAUGCUUAAGCAAGAGAUCUUUGGCUGGCUCGCCAACUGGUUUGAGUCGCACCCGCCAGAGAAGGGUAUGGAGCUGGCACCACUUGCUCUGCCCUGUGUUCAAUGCCUUGACGACAAGCUCGCUGCUGUUCGCAAAGCUUCGGUGGCCUGUUUGCCAUUCAUCAUCAUGCGUGCAGGAUACAAGCAUGUCAUUGAGCAGACCAACCAGCUAAAGACCGCUUCGAAGAACACCGCUAUUCCUCUCAUCGAUGCUGCCAAGGCACAAGCGCAGGCUGCGGCUCGCGCGACUGCGGCUCCGGCUUCAGCAGCUGCUCCUGCUCCGGCGGCGGCAGCGCCUCGAGCCGUUGCAGCGGGUGCACGAGCUAAUACUGCUUCACCCAGGCCUGCUGGUAUCGGCGGUGGUUCCGGCUCAGCUGUGGCGGCACCGCCAGCUUCUCCACGAGCGUCAACGAUUGCGCGACCGGGUGGGAUCAAGCCACCCUCCGCUGUUGGUCGAUCGCUCAAAGCACCUUCAUCUACCGUUGCCCGCCAGUCUCGUCUUGCUUCGGAUGGCAGCGAUGGCGCCACCUCUUCACGCACGGCAUCAGCGUCUGCUGCCGGUGCUGGAGGCAGUAUGGACCGUUCAGCACCAUUCAUCUCAGCAGACAUCAAGGCCAAAGCACUGCGCGAGAAGCGAGAGGGCAAAGGCUCCAACUGGAUCGCUGCUGACGGAGCUCCACGACCCGAGCUCAUCGAAGUGCUACGCCAGCAAUGUGAUGGACAACUCAGCCGAGGCGUCAUUGACUCGAUGUUCAGCAAGAGUCACUCGGCAGAGAAGGACUUCUAUGCUGCCUUGACGUUGCUGUCCGACUUCAUCUCGAGCCCGACCUUCGCAGAAGAGCAAUACGGUUUGUCGCCGGAAGAGACUGUCGAGCGAACACUCGCCAACUCGGAUCUCAUCUUCAAGUACGUCUCGAUUCGGCUCACGGACAACAAUACCAGUCUUUCGAUCAAGUGUCUCGACAUCCUCGAGCAUCUCGUAGCUUUGCUCAGCGGCCAGCAAUAUCACAUGAGCGACUACGAGGCUGCCUGCAUCCUGCCAUGCCUCACAGCUAAGUUUGGUGAUGCGAAGGUCGCUUUCCGCGACCGCAUUCGCGAGAUUUUCCGCAAGAUGACUUUCAUCUUCCCUCCCAGCAAGCUGCUUACGAGCUACCUUGAGAACGGCUUGCCGUCCAAGAAUGUCCGCGUCCGCACCGAGUGUCUGAACGAGGUCGGCUAUGUAUUCUCGAAGAACGGUUUGCAGGUUUGCUCGCCCUCGAGGACAUUACCGGUAAUAGCCAAGCAAAUCAGCGAUCGCGAUGCCAAUGUGCGCACUGCUGCUCUGUCUGCUAUUGGCGAGGCGUAUAAGAUCAUCGGUGACGAGGUGUACAAGCUCGUUGGUUCUUUGCCCGGCAAGGAGAUGUCGAUGCUCGAAGAGAGGCUGAAGCGUACAACCGCUCCGUCGUUCUCAAGUGCUGCGGCACCUCCAGCAGCAGCAGCAAGACCAGCGGCAGCCGGAAUUGCCGUGGGCCGUGCUGCUCCACGUGCGUCCUUUGUUCCUGCUGCAGGGUCUUCUUCGCCGGCUCGUCUCUCAACUGGUCCUCCUUCGUCGAGACUUGCUCGACCCGGCUCGAUGCUUCCUUCGGCAUCUGCAGCACCACCAGCAGGCGUCAGAAGCCGCUUGCUUGCGCCAGGAGCGGCACGUCGUGAAUCGGCCAUGGGCUUGCCCCGUGCUGCUCAACCUUCUACAGGCGUGCCCCCGCCACGAGCCUCAAUGCUGCGCACACCUACCGAGGCAGCUGCACGUCCCACCAGUGUCAUCUCCCAGGAUCGUGACGGGAUACUCGCCGACGAGCUCCCCGAAGAAGAAGACGAGGAGCUCUCUAUCGAUCAAGCAAUCAACCUUGUCGUCAGCAACGACAUUGAACAGAGCGUUCUUGCCCUCAAACACGUCGAAGCCUUCAUCCGCGAAGAAGAGCCUCAACUCAUCUCGCACGUUGACCAGCUCGCGAUCGUUCUCAGCAAGCAGAUGCAACGUGCUUUCUCUCCCGAAUCGGGCGAGUAUGGCAACGAGCGACUCAAGAAGCAUCUCCUUGUUGUCAGCACAUCCUUGUUCGACAAAAAUCGAGUCUGGGAAGAUGGUCGCACCCUCGGCUCUUACCUAUCCCGCUCGGCUCUCAUUCCUUUGCUGACGGUGCUGUUGCAGCAGCUCAUCCACUCAACCUCGCGUACGGACGAUCCUACGGCCCAGAAUGAGUCCAAGUUCCUCAACGUCAUCGUUCUGCGUUGUUUCUCGGCUUGCAACCUCAACCUUCUCUACGGCGCCUGUCUGCAGAUGCUGACGGAAGCAACGGAAGAUCUGCGCGAGUUGGAGGGCGAAGUUCUCGAGACCCGCUCCAAGUUCUCUGAAUUGUUGGUCAAGUGUCUUUGGAAGAUCGCCAAGCGUCUCGAAGACAGUCUCGCGCAACACCAGGUGGAGCCGCAACAACUGUUUGCAGAUGUAGAGAGCUUCUUGCAAGCUAUCGCACCUUCUGAGUGGCGACAGAGAGCACAGGAUGGUGUGCCGUUGGCCGAUCUACCUCUGCGAACGGUCAAGAUCAUCUUGUCGCACACUUCGAACCAUUUUGGCGAGGAAGCGUUGGGAAUGCUGGAUAUGAUCCCGCAGCCGGAGAACAGCUAUGUCUACAAGUACCUGAUCAGGAUGUUGAACAUUGCAGCUGAAGGAGGUGCUGGUGCAGACAAAGCUGCUGUUGCAGAUGUUGAUGGUGAUGCUGCGGGUGGCGGGGUUGCUGCUAAGUCGCGUUCUAACUCCACCGCUGCCAACGGCGUUGAAGGACAUCAGCGGACCAGUAGUCAAAACGGCAAUGAUAACGGAGCGGAGGAAGCUGGGGGCACACAUCACGCCGAGCUGCGAGACAUCUUCCAACGUAUCUCGAACAAGUCUGAAUCUCGUCAAGGCAUUCGCGAGCUGUAUGAGUUCCAGAAACGCAACCCUCAUCUCGAGAAACACGUGCAGAACUCGUUGCAGAAAACAGGCCCUAUCUUCCAGAGGUUCAUCAAGAGAGCGCUGGCGAACCACGCUGCUGAGGAUCCUGACAUGAUCAACGGCCCAGCGACUUCUGCUGCUGAAGACGCGGGUGGGAAUGGGGAUGCAGGCGAGGUGAACAGGGUUAGCACGCCUAGCACUCCGAGAUCAGGGCGGUUCUCGACUCCUGCGGUUGGUGGAGGAGCGGCGGGGGAUGGAUCGAUGGAGAGAAGUCCGACUUCUUCCGCCACCCAAUCGCCAAGAGGAUCUAGCAUUAGGAGUUCGGCAGCGGAGGACAGGUUGGCUCAAUUGCGGUCAAAGUUCCAAUGA